AUGUUCACGCCCGUUCAUACAACCGUAGGCGCGCUAUUACUAUUCCAGGGGUCUUCGGGCCUCUUGCUGCACAAUGGCGCUGUGUUCGGCAUUUCUUCCCUGCUGUCAGGAAUCGCCUUCAACCCCAGUCGUGACAAUCUGCCGAUCAUCGCGGGACUGGUGUCGAGUAUAGUGCCAGUCUACCUUUUCGCACCAUCCUUGAUCCCGAACUAUCCUGCUGCACCACAGUCUUUGGCUUCUGCUGCUGCAACGCUAGGGGUGGGCUUCUUGUUGGGUUGGGGGACUAAGAAUGGUCGGGGCUGCACAUCCGGACACAUGCUAUGCGGCCUUUCGCGUCUUUCGUCUCGCUCGCUGAUUGCAACGGCUGUUUUCUUCACGACCGCUUUGCUCACUGCGAACUUUGUUGGCGGUGGUGCCAAUAUCCCGGCUUGCGGUCCGAUCCCGUGUUAUACUCCAGUCUAUCCAUCAAUACCUGAGUUGAUUUUGAUGGCGGGUGCGACAUUGCUUGCUGGGAUCACAAACUUCGGCAUCGUUCCUCGCAAGGUCCAUCGGUCAGAGCAAUCGAGGGUCGCCUUUUCCUUCAUAGCAGGACUGGAGUUCGGGCUGGGUCUUCUCUUCUCUGGGAUGGCUGACCCUGCCAAAGUCCUCCGAUUCUUUGCCUUUUUGACAAAUCCGUCGCGAUUUGAUCCAUCCUUGGCAUUGGUCAUCUUGUUUGGAAUUGGGCCAUCUCUGUUCACUUUCCUGACCGAGAGACCGGGACAGCUGGUUGAAAAGGAGAAAGUAGUUACAAAGCCUACUCUAGCAGAGAAAUGGCGACUUCCAACAGCAACCAUGGCGGACAUUGACUGGCGUUUUGUGGCUGGUUCAGUGGCCUUUGGGCUAGCUUGGGGGUUGAGAGGUGUCUGUCCAGGCCCUGCUAUUUUGCGAACAGUCCUUCAACCAACCUGGGGGCUUGCAACAAUGUCCGGAUACAUGCUGGGCAACCUUUUUUGA